GCUUAGUUAAGUACAGUAUUGUCUCCAGUGUUACAUCAGUGCAAAAUAAUGCUCUCGUGGUAUUUCCCGGCGAUGCAGGAGGGAGCUUAGGGGAGUAACAGCCUCUGAGUGGCAUCCUAAACUGAGCUGAAAAAGGCGAGAAAGGAAAUGAGCCGGGGCGUGGCUAGGCCGAGCCGGGGCUGGUGUUGGUAUACAAAGGAGAGGCGGCACAUUGCUGUGUAUGUAGCUGCCUCGCCCUUUCCGCCCGCCGCAUUCCACUCUCAAAAGCAGAGGCAGCAGAGACAUUUUUCAGACCUGCACCAACACCGUAAGGGAGCAAUAUCCGGCUGCGAUCACAACACUGCUCCACGCUUCCCCUCGCUCAGAUUUAAGUAGAAGGGGAGCUUUACUUCCCCCCCCCCCGUGUGUCGGUGGCUUUUAAACGACAUUUUGGUACUUUUAUUUAUAUUUUUGUCUGCGUUAAGGAUUGUGUUUUUCCCUUUCAAGAACAUUUAAAACUCUCAGUUUAGAAAACGAUCUCGUUGGUACUGUGAAGAUACCAGAGGGGGAAAUCCCCGGUUUUCAGCUUCGCCGAGGCAAGGCAAGUCCUGCAUCCAAGGACAAAAGAGCGAGCUCGGUGAAGACUGCCACCGAGGGGCGGUCAUCAGGCCAAAUACUCCGUACUUCAUCUAAUACUGGGAAAAGCUAAUUGAAUUCCCAUCAUGAGCAGAGCAGAAAUGAGCAAGUUUAACAUUUCUCCAGAUGAAGACAGCAGUAGCUAUAGUUCCAACAGCAAUGACUUCAAUUAUCCAUAUCCAACCAAAGCACCUGCGAGAUCUUGUGUAGACAGGGAUCCAGAAAAUCAAAAUUUCCUGCUUGAAUCCAAUCUUGGAAAGAAGAAGUAUGACAUUGAAUAUCAUCCAGGUACUACUUCCUUUGGAAUGUCAGCGUUUAAUCUGAGCAAUGUUAUUAUGGGUAGUGGCAUCCUUGGACUUUCUUAUGCCAUGGCAAACACUGGAAUUAUUCUUUUUGUGAUUCUCUUGGUGGUUGUGUCAAUAUUCUCUUUAUAUUCAGUUCAUCUUCUCCUAAAGACCGCCAAUGAAGGAGGGUCUCUAUUAUAUGAACAGCUAGGAAUGAAGGCAUUUGGUUUGGCUGGAAAAAUUGCAGCUUCCGGGUCAAUUACAAUGCAGAACAUUGGAGCUAUGUCAAGUUACCUCUACAUAGUGAAAUAUGAGUUGCCAUUGGUCAUCAAGUCAUUUAUGAACAUCGAAGAGAACACAGGAGAAUGGUAUCUUAAUGGUGACUAUUUGGUUGUGCUGGUGUCUAUAGUGUUCAUUCUUCCUUUGUCACUGCUGAAAAAUUUAGGAUAUUUAGGGUAUACAAGUGGCCUUUCCUUAAUGUGUAUGGUCUUCUUCCUUAUUGUUGUAAUUUGCAAGAAGUCCCAAAUCCCUUGUCCUUUGGUAUUGGAGUAUGACAUGAUGAACUCAACUCUGAAUGGCAUGUUGGCACACCUGGCAACUGCUGCACGUUUGCAUGGAACAGCACAAAACAUGACUAGUGAUGACAUUUGCAGGCCAAAAUAUUUUGUCUUCAACUCACAGACUGUCUAUGCCGUACCAAUCCUAACAUUCUCUUUUGUCUGCCAUCCUGCUAUUCUUCCUAUUUAUGAAGAACUGAAAGGCCGAAGCCGUAGAAGAAUGAUGAAUGUGUCCAAUGUUUCAUUUUUUGCCAUGUUUAUAAUGUACCUAUUGGCUGCUCUCUUUGGAUACCUGACAUUUUAUGGAAAUGUUGAAGCAGAAUUGCUUCAUACUUACUCUGCAGUUCUGGGUGCUGAUGUUGUUAUUCUUAUUGUACGUCUGGCUGUACUUAUGGCUGUAACCCUUACUGUACCUGUAGUUAUCUUUCCAAUUCGUACUUCAAUUACACAGCUGUUUUGUGCAGAGAAGGAGUUCAGUUGGUUACGUCACAGUUUAAUUACAGUUUUUGUUUUGGCAUUUACCAAUGUUCUCGUAAUCUUUGUCCCUUCCAUUCGAGAUAUAUUUGGAUUCAUUGGUGCCUCUGCUGCUGCCAUGCUGAUCUUUAUACUUCCUUCUGCUUUCUAUAUCAAACUAGUGAAGAAAGAACCUCUGAAAUCAGUGCAGAAGAUUGGGGCUAUACUCUUCCUAGUGAGUGGCGUGUUUGUGAUGAUUGGAAGUAUGACCUUGAUUAUUCUAGAUUGGAUCCAUAAUUAUGCAUCUGGUGGACAUUAACUGGCACGAUUUAAUCUCGAAUACUCCAGUGUUCACUGAAAUAUCUACUGAGAGAGAAAAUUACCUAGAUUUGCAAUUUUGCUUCCUUUAAAAUGCAGAUUCUUUGAUGCUGGUUCUUCUGACUGUAGAAUAAGUGAACUCUUGAAAAGAAACUAUUCUGCAUGAUGGAAGUGAAUAUUAACAUCAAACCACCUGAGUCUCUGGCUGAGGGAAGUGACAAUUUUAUUCCAUUCCAGAGAAUGGACACAACUCUCUGUAGAAUUUUAUCGAGCCAUGUUUGGCUUUUGUCAUUGUUACUUGGGUAUUUUAUUAUUUUACUUGAAUGUGCCUAAUGGAACCAUUUGAUGUGAAAAAUAACUCUUAAUUUACAGCAAAGUGUUGAUCUAUCCAAUGAGAGAAAGAGAGGGGAAAAAACACUAUUAUUUUAUGUACCAAAAAUUCUUAUGGACCUCAAAAGCAUGAUUUUGACUUUAAGAAAACAAUUUUUUAAAUACAAAAAUGUAUCCCAGUGACAUAGAACCUGUACAAACAUUUCAUCUGUGUUCUACAUUUAAUACAAUUUGCCCUUCUAUGGAGGCAUAAUUAGAAGGGGGAGCAUUUGUUUGUUUGCCCAUCAGAAAUAUUUUUUUAAACAAAUUUAUACUGACUUUCAACCAAUUUGAGUAGGUCAAAACUCCGUAACUGAAUAGAAACAGUUUAUUCAGUGACACUCAGAUACUCCAAAAUUUAAUCAAAGAAGUCAUUAUUGAUAUCCCAAAUCAUUGCACCUAAUCAACUGGAAAUACCAUAGUUUUAAAAAAUGGCAAUCGGACUCAAGUUUUAGUGCUUUUAACAGUUUCAGGUCAUCAGAAUGGGUGAUGUUUAAAAUAAACUUUUAUACAGUGAAGAGCUCAUAAAGAUCUUGGGAUUUCUCCUCUUGAGGUUCUCAAUAGUGCAAUUAGGUAAAACAGGGUGGUUGUUUGUUCAGAUUCAGUUGCAGCUAUCUACCAAAUCACACUGGGUCGUGUCAUAUGCCAUUGAUAUACAAAACUCUCUCUUUUGAGAUUAAUGGGGGGUUCUGCUUAAUGAUAGCAUAUGGCCCAUUGUCAAUUAUGUUUGUUUUUUUUGGCCAGUCUUUCUUUCUUGAACUUGCUGCACCAUAAAAAGAAGUCCCUGCUGUGGUUUAUUAAUUGUACAGUUUUCACAAACUGUUCAGUAUUUGUCAAUUUCUCAUCCACUGUUGGAUUUUGAAUUACUUGAUUAUUUUUUGUUCCUAUUUUGUCUAUGCUAAAAGCCUAAUACACAAACUGCCCCAGUAUUUGGUGCUCGAUACAAGUUCUCUUCAUAUAGCCCUGGUCUGCAGGGGGAUCGAUCCAAGUUACUUAACUUCAGCUACGUGAAUAAUGUAGCUGAAGUCGACGUACUUAGAUCGACUUACCUUGGUGUCUUCACUGCGGUGAGUCAGCUGCUGCUGCUCCCCUGCCGACUCUGCCUGCACCUCUCGUGGUGCUGGAGUACAGAAGUCGACGGGAGAGCACUUGGGGAUCAAUUUAUCGUGUCUAGACUAGAUAAUAAAUCGAUCUCCGCUGGAUCAACUGUUGCCUGACAAUCUGGCAGGUAGUGAAGACAUACCCCAUAGGCAACUGGGAUUCCUCAUGCAGUUGGUACUUUAUAGUAGUUUAAACAAAACAAAAACCCUCAUGGACUGAACAGUCAUCAUAUACUUGUUUGCUUCAGAAAUGGAUACAUUUUGUUUGAGUCCUAACUAGCAAGCUACCAAAACAAGUGCUGUAUGGUUGUGACUAGCUGUUUUGUUUCUACUGCACGUUUACUAUUUAUUCCUAUCCCAGGUUCAAGAAAACCGUAACUGCAUAAGAGCACAUUUGACUUAUCAAAGAUAUCACUAUGGGUGGGUGCAGUAUAAGAACCUGGAUAAAGAUAAUAAAAGAGUCAUGGUACUAUGUUCAACUAUAUUUGUCUGGCAUAAUGUUUUUAAAAUCUGAUUUAUGAAAUUCAAUUUAGUAGUUGGGUCAGAGGGAACAAAUAAUGGCAUGUAAUCAGUUGAUUAAACAGCACUGAAGAUUUUGUCUCAAAAGCCAGAAUCAAUUCUAGGGUACAAUCACUAUUUGGCAGAUAGAAAAGGAGGACUUGUGGCACCUUCGAGACUAACAAAUUUAUUUGAGCAUAAGCUUUCGUGAGCUAUAGCUCACUUCAUCGGAUGCAUUCAGAUGAUGCCUGUCUUUCUCCACAUUUUUAAAAUCUAUGAGAAAUCACAGAUAUUUUGAUUCAUACUUCUGACUACAACUACCAAUCACCACAUCUGCAGCAAACAUAAUGAAAAGUGAGAGUUCUCUCAUUUUGCUUGUUUGAUUAGUCCAGUGGUACUCAACUUUCAGUUAGCACUUUGAACUGAGCAGUGCUUCUUUUACUGGGACUCAGGAAGAGGAAGUGGAGUUCAGAUCAAAGGCUCAUUUAUUCCUGAUCUAUGGAGAGGAGUACUGAACAAAUGUUUCAGAGAUAUGGCAACUCUUCUUCCUCCUCCAGAUUUCUGUGGGUGUGGGGAGGAGAUUUUAAAAUGUCCUCUCCCUCCAAAAGUUUGUAGUGUGUAGAGGAUGAAGAGAUUCCCUUUUCAGCAUCAAAGGGAGCAAAAAUGAACCUCUUCCCUCUCUGCAACCAGAAGAGAGGGGGAGAUCCUUCAAUCACUGUCAGGGGGAGAUAAAAGAUGAAGAUGUUACAUGUUAGCACCUCAUUAUGUUGAUUCAAUACAUGUUAUUGAGUCGUGCAAAUUUAUGUAUGAAUGUCUGGACAUUACACUGUGAGUCAGUUGUUCUCUGAAGCUCCAUUUGAUGACUAAGUAGCUCUUCAGCUGUUAAACUUGAGUACCACUUUGCUAAGUAGUUUUCUAAUAUAUGAAUCUGUUGCAAACUUGUCAGUUUAGAGGUCCCUAAACAAACCAAUGGAAAUGAGCAGCUUCAGUAUUAAACCACUGUAUUGUCACCUUGUUUUUACGUUGCUGUCUUCCAUAAUAUUUCAGUCAUAACUAUAAUGUUAUUUAUAGAACAUUAAUCCAUUAAAACUAAAACCUAUUUUUCAAUAUUUAUGAUAGUCUGUGUACAUUAUUGUAUGUGUAUAUAAUGUAAAUAUAUUGUAUAUAAUAUAGGUUUGGGACUUUUGGGUAUAUGUAUAUAUUCCUCCGUCAUUAAUGGCUAUUGCAUCAUUUCAACAAGUUGUUUAUGUUGUACAUCUGUAUAACAACAGUCAAAGGAAGUUUCUUUACAGUUAUGCUUACACAAAUUGAAAUAGUAUGUUACCACUCGAGAUGUAAGACCACACGAACAUGAAAGGUUUUAUUUAUUACAAAUGCAUAUGUUGCAAUAAAGAAGAGUCUUUGGGGUCCAUAAAGAAGUAUAGAUCAGGUACAGAUUUUUUUUUCAUACAGUUUAACAUGGAUGUUAUAAUUUCCCAAAUGCAGUGACUGACAACUUAUUUUACAGUCUAAUCUAUGUGUUACAGGUAUUCUACAGUACAUCUUUGUGUGUAUAUUUUGUAUAUACCUACUGUAUUGUUGGAGGUCAACAAUUCAGCUAUAAUUGUUGGCAAAGAGUGUUACACAGUUUCAAUGAAACAUAUGUUUUGUUUUAACUGAAUUAAAAAUAAAUAAAUAGAUAAUCCUU